CGCGAAGGCAGCUGGUUACUGAUGGUGAUUCAAAAAAGUGUUGCCUGAUUAAAUUUAUAAUAUAAGAUCACAACAUGUUGGUCUUCUGUGAUAUUUUUGACUUCAAAGUACUUAUAUUUGCCUGUUUAUUGGCGUUUUUGCCACAUAAUUUCGCAAACGAUACUAAUGAAGGCGCUUUAUCGCUUACUCAACAAAAUAUCGAUAUGACGCUUGCAACAAAUGAAUUGGUAUUUAUAAAUUUUUACGCACAGUGGUGCCGUUUUAGCAAUUCGUUAGCUCCUAUUUUUGAAGAAGCUGCAAAUAAAAUAAAAAAUGCAUUUCCUGAACCAGGGAAAGUUGUAAUGGCAAAAGUAGAUUGUGAAAGGGAAUCUUCUAUUGCUUCAAGGUUUCAUAUCACUAAGUAUCCAACUUUAAAAGUUAUAAGAAAUGGUCAGCCAACCAAACGAGAAUAUAGAGGACAGCGAUCUGUAGAAGCUUUUGAGGAAUUUAUAAAGAAACAAUUGGAGGAUCCUAUUAAGGAAUUUUAUGAUUUAAAGGAAUUAACUAAUUUAGAUGAUAAAAAAAGAAUGAUCAUUGGAUAUUUUGAUAGAAAGGAUGUUCCUGAAUAUGAAAUGUUUAGGAGAGUUGCUACAAAUCUCAAGGAUGAUUGCCAAUUCCAUGUUGGCUUUGGGAAUGCAAGUAAAGCUAUGCACCCUCCAGGAGAACCUAUAAUUGUCUUCCGGUCUGAUAAAGCACUUUCUAAUGAUGAAGAUGAAACGUAUCAUGGAAGUUUGAACAAUUUUGAUGAAUUAAAUGUUUGGGCACAAGAAAAAUGUGUUCCUUUUGUGAGAGAAAUCACAUUUGAAAAUGCUGAGGAAUUAACAGAGGAAGAUUUACCUUUUCUUAUAUUGUUUCAUGCUCCCGAUGAUGUUGAGAGUGUUAAAAUGUAUAAAGAUGUAGUAUCAAGGACAUUACUUGAUGAAAAACAAAAUGUAAAUUUCUUAACUGCAGAUGGUAUGAAAUUUGCUCAUCCUCUACAUCAUUUAGGAAAAACUCCAGCAGAUUUGCCUCUAAUUGCCAUAGAUAGUUUUAGACAUAUGUACCUGUUUCCAAACUUUAAUGAUAUUCAUGUAGAAGGAAAACUAAAAGCUUUUCUACGAGAUUUAUAUUCAGGAAAGUUACAUAGAGAAUUUCAUUAUGGGCCAGAUCCUAGUAACGAAGUACGAGAAAUUGUUGGACAAAUUAAGGUGCCUACAACUCCACCAGAAUCUACAUUUAAGAAAUUAGCACCUAGCAAAAACAGGUAUACAUUACUCAAGGAUGAACUAUAAUAAUAGAAUUAAUGAAACUCAGGAUAAGAUUUGUAUGACUUUGGUUAUGCAAUUUGUUAGUUUUCACAGUUAUUUACAAUGAUAAAAUCCAAAUUCGUUGUAUAAUUGAAAAAAAAAAUAUUAAUCAAUGUUAUAGACGUGAUAACAUUUUUAAAAUCAUUUAUACAGUAUUGUAGUAAAAUUAAAUGCUUAUUUAGUCUAUUUUAAAUGGAAAUGGAAUUUUCACGGCCAAUCUCAUACUAAUAAUUUAAAAGAAAGUAUGUAAUUCCAACCUAAAGUGUUUGGAUCUCUACCAAAUGUUAUAUACAUUUAAACUCUAACCUGUACAAAAAUUAUUCACGAUAUACAUAUAUAUAUAUAUAUAGUCGAAACCUUCGAACGGGUUUCGUUACAGGAAAUAAGUAGAUUUUAUUCUAUUUUUACAUAACACGUGCUUUUUGUAUUACCUUUCUUUUCGUAUUGAAUAUUAAAAACGGUAAUAAUUCUUAAUGGAACUAUAAAUGAACGCCAGAGAUGUUAAUCUCCCAGUGUCAAUAUUCGUAUAAUAGAUGUUAUAUCUCAACUUAUAACGCGAUUUAUAGAAUAUUAUUAAAAAAGAGAAAAAGAAGAAUACAAAGAAAUUACCCAACGAUAGGUAAAAAUGUUGUAAUAUAUCGUUCCAUAAUCAAUCAAACUUAAGUUUUACACUACCAAAUGUACUGUUGAUAUCAUGGCUGCGAUACGACCUUUGUCCCACGUCUUUUUAUGCUUCUCAAUUACAAGAUUCUCUAAUCUCUUCAUUAAAUUUCAAUUAUCGAACAAAACGUUACACUUAAGACGAUCACCUUUUGAUACUUUUUAAUUACUUUUUUCAAAACUAAGCACAACGUGAAAUCGCAGUACAUGAUCGCGAGUAUGUUGAGGACGCUGAGUGAAAUGCGCGGGAACACUCGAUCGCGUUCGAUUGCGUUCGAUUUUCGAUAUUAGAGCGUGAGUGAAUGAAAAUUUGAAAUCGAUUGUUUCGUUUAAAAUGAAUCGCUUCUUGGGUAAAGUAUUUUAGAAUUGAUAUAUAUCGACAAGUUUCAAAUAUUUCGAAUAUUUGAAUAUAAGUAAAAAAAAAAAGAAAAAAAUAAUAUUUCGUAUGAUAUAGUACUAAGAUACUCCUAAGAAGCCAAUUUGUAUGGAUGAUGGUAUUAACUUUUCUGUUAAUAAACGAUUUCUAAGUCAGAUAUCUACAAA